GUUGAAUCUUCGUUACUGAAAUUGAAACGGCUCACAGGUAUAGGCUAAUGGAUUGCAGUGAAAACAUGUGAGAACAGAAUAUAUCAAGGGAUUUGGGCAUUAAUGAACGAAUUAGCAGUUGCUGGAGACCAUGCCAGGUAUUGUGAUAUUCAGGCGGCGUUGGUCAGUGGGAAGCGAUGACUUGGUGCUGCCAGGAAUCUUCCUCUUUCUUAUUCACACUACAUGGUUUAUAGUGCUUUCUGUGGUUCUCUUUGGCCUAACAUACAGCCCUCAAGAGCAGUGCUCACUCAACCUGGUUGAUCAUGGCAGGGGUUACUUGGGCAUUCUCAUUGCCUGUGUGAUAUCUGAGGCUGCUAUAAUCUGGCUUAGUAUGCGAGGAAGUAUCCUUUACACAGAGCCACGAGAUUCGAUGCAGUACAUUCUGUACAUCCGUAUGGCAAUUGUGCUAAUAGAAUUUGCAUACGCAAUCAUAGGAAUUGUCUGGUUAGUGCGGUACUACCACUCCUGUAAUGACACUACUGCAAAGAACGUUACCUUGGGAAUUGUAACCUGUAAUUGGGUCGUUAUUCUGAGCGUCUGUAUAACAGUAAUGUGCGUCUUCGACAGAACAGGCAGAACAUUUGUGAAACUUCGGGCAACCAAAAGGCGUCAACGCAACCUCAGAACUUACAAUUUACGUCAUCGUUUGGAGGAAGAGCAAGCCAGUAGCUGGAGCAGGAGAUUGAAAUUUUUUCUUUGUUGUACUCGUACACAGGACACACAGACUGAUGCCUAUUCUGAAGUUGCUUUUCUUUUUGCUGAGUUCUUUCGAGACUUGGACAUUGUGCCCUCCGACAUCAUUGCUGGCCUUGUAUUAUUACGUCAGAGACAGAGGGCCAAGCGAUUUGCUGUUUUGGAUGAGGCAAACAAUGACAUUUUGGCUUUUUUAUCAGGAAUUCCAGUAACCAGAAAUACAAAGUACCUCGACUUGAAGAAUGCCCAAGAAAUGCACAUGUAUAAGGAGGUAUGCUACUACAUGCACUUUGCACUGGCUGCCUAUGGCUGGCCUUUGUAUUUAAUGCGAAACCCAGCUUGUGGACUCUGCAAACUGGCUAGCUCAUGCUCAUGUUGCUGCUUUUGCCUCCCUCGACCCAGGUAUGCCCCAAGUGUGACAGUUGAGGAAGACAACUGUUGCAACUGCAAUGUCAUUGCUAUCAAGCGUCACUUUCUGGAUGAGAAUUUUUGUUUAGUUGAUAUCGUAUAUACUUCAUGUCAUGAUGCGGUUUUUGAAACCCCUUUCUUUGUUGCUGUGGAUCAUAUGAAAAAGAAGGUUGUGAUCAGUAUUCGAGGGACUCUUUCACCAAAGGAUGCCCUAACUGAUCUGACUGGAGAUGCUGAACGAUUGCCAGUAGAGGGCCAUCAUGGUACUUGGCUUGGCCACAAGGGCAUGGUUCUAUCUGCAGAGUACAUCAAAAAGAAGUUGGAGCAGGAGAUGAUUCUUUCACAAGCCUUUGGCCGAGAUCUGGUGAAAGGUACCAAACAUUAUGGAUUAAUCGUGGUUGGACAUUCCUUAGGAGCUGGAACUGCAGCUAUUCUUUCUUUCUUGCUCAGACCUCAAUACCCUACACUACAUUGUUAUGCUUACUCUCCACCGGGAGGACUUCUUAGCUCUGAUGCGAUGGAAUACUCCAAGGAAUUUGUGACAUCUGUCAUCCUUGGAAAGGAUUUGGUACCAAGACUUGGCUUAUCACAGCUAGAAGUCUUCCGUAGACACUUACUUGAAGUGUUGCAGAAGAGCAAUAAACCAAAGUGGAGAAUAAUCAUGGGUGGAACUAAAUGUAUUCCUAAAUCUGAACUGCCGGAUGAUGAAGAAGUGCCUAACGUUCAGAGUAACAGGCAAUGGACCUACCCUAGUGACCUUACUAUUGCUCUUUCUGCUAGUGUCCCACUCUACCCACCAGGUCGGAUUAUACACAUAGUACACAACCAUCCUGAGGAAAAGUGUUGCUGUGGACAAGAAGAGUCAACUUACUAUGCUAUCUGGAGUGACAACAAGACUUUAGAUGAGGUCAUCAUCUCUGCUGCCAUGCUGAAUGAGCACAUGCCUCAUGUUGUAAUGGAUGGAUUGCACAAGGUGUUAGAGAAUUACAACAAAGGAAAGACGGCUUUGCUAGGAGCAGCAAAAGUCAUGGUCAGCCCAACAGAGGUGGAUUUGAAUCCGGACAUGAUUGUCCAGCAGCAGCCUCAAGCAACAAAACAUGGAGAGCAAAGGAAGAAUGCCAGUGUAAAGAGUAACUCAAAAUCUGAACUGAGUUUUGAAGAUCUUUAUCAGACAAAACAGAAGCCGUGCCAAAAGGACUCUGUGGAGUUGCUUCUAAUGAACACCAAGGAGAGGCUGGUGACUGAAAUAGAGGAGCGCAGGGCUCCUCUUGCCACCAUGGAAAGUCUGUCUGACAAUGAGUCUAUCUAUAGUUUUGAUUCCCGCCGCUCCUCUGGAUUUCGCAGCAUAAGAGGUUCUCCGAGCCUGCAUGUUGUCAUGGAAAAAGAUGAAUCACAUUGUUUCUACAUUGAUCCAGCAAUUCCAGAGGAGAAUCCUUCCCUGAGCUCCCGGACUGAGUUACUGGCUGCAGACAGUUUAUCUAAGCAUUCUCAGGAGGUGCACACACUUGAACCGUUACAUAACAGCUGUUAUUCUCUGCCUAGUCCCCUGCAAGUGGACCUUGGUGAGCAGGAGAACAAACAGGCUGCAGAGAUGGAAACAGAUAGCUUUUCAGAUAAGUUGCCAAUAGAAGAAGACAGUAAAGAAUGGACAGAGAGUCUGCGAGAUGUGCCAAGUCCACAAGUGCUUGAAUUUGCUGAGUUUAUAGACAGCCUUUUCAAUCUGGAUGGAAAAAGCAGCUCCUUCCAAGAUAUUUAUCGUUUGGUACUUGAUGAUAGUUUAGAAGAAUAUAAUGAAAUUCCCAAGUCAGUAAGUGAACAUGAGAUCCUGAUGCGAGCACAGUUUGAACCCAACUUAGUGCCAAAACCACCCCGUUUGUUUGUCGGAUCAGCAGAUGCUGGGACCUCAUCUGGGAUUUCUGUAUCUCCAUCCUUUCCAUUCAGUUCAUCGGGUGAACUGAUGGACAUUACUCCAACCUGCAUUAGCAGCCCAGAAUGCCUGACUAUGGAUACAAAGUUGAGAACUUCAACUCCAGCAGAUCAUCAACCCAAUUCUAAUAAAUCUGCAGAAGUUAUCAUCUCAGCUCUUUAG